CCCAUCUCGCUCCUCAGCCACCCCUCCUCAUCAUUGCCCGCGAGCCUCUUUUUUUUUUCUGCCUCGUCACGCUGACACUUUUCAGUAGGUCACGGCGACUUCUCACAAGCCAAUGAGCUUCAACGUGGACUCCCAGCAGCACAUAGCAACACCCGCCAGGUUUCAUCCGAGUAGGUCAGCCCACCAGCCUCGCCAGCGAUAAGCUGUCCCGCGUGAGAUAGGCGUAGAGAAACCAGCCUGUCAAACAGCAUGAUAUCAUCGCGCUGCGAGCUGUAGUGCAGUUCUAUUCAGCGGUGCAGUAGUUUGUACAGGGCUGCUGCGCGUUGACACGGCCAACUUGAAUUGCUGCGUGGAGUGCACCGUGGUGGUGCUGUGACGCCACGCGCAGGCGGCAUUGAGUAGCAAGGGAGACUGCGUAGGAUUGUUGACUCGACUCCGUCUGAUGGCUGCAUAGCCUUGAUGCGGAAAGAUGCCUUGCAGACUGCCAUUUGGCAAUUUCUUUUUAUUUAUUUUUUAUUUUCAACCCGGCUACGAGGAACCGGCAGUUGAAUCUCGUAGGACCCAGUGAGUGGCAACCGUCACUAUAGGAUCGCCCGUUGAGAUCCGCCACCACGCGACGCGUGCUUAAACGUAUGGACGGCCGAUGACGUAUUCAAUACAUUUAUUGAUUCACUGCUUCUUUUUUCGUCUUUGUGACAAUCUUAGUUUAACUGAUCUCGCUGUCCUUGUAUUUUGGGGGGGGUUCAAGUGGAGCUCUAUCACGGAUAUCGUACAAUACUGUAUGGCUACCUAGAUCCGGAUACACGCAUACUUCAAAUCCUUCUUUACACCUUUUUUUUUUUUAUAAAUUCGACAACAAGUUCAACUACACACAAACUUAUAUGGAAUCUUACGACUAAAAAAAACAUUAUAAUAAUUAUAUAGAUCAUAUUACCCACAGUACUACACAAUAGCCUAUUUACAGAGCACUCUCCAGGUUAACGGAGCGGAACAACUCUGGCCCGGCCGCCCGCGCGCCAAGAGUGGCCAGACCAGCCCAGACAGGCAAGGGCGCAGGGACCGCAAUUGGAGUCAAGCUGUCCUCUUUGCGACAGACGCCAGGACAGAUUAUCAUUUGUCCGCUUCGCAACGACCCAAUCGCUUCGCACCCGACAAUUGGGUAUACGGGCGGCAAUCCACCAGAAGUAACAACAAGUUCGGAAGCGUGAAUAUAAUUUGGGCAUGCUCUAAGCCAUUUAUCGAAGCAAUCUUGUCCUAUUCCUGCUCCGUGCAAUUGCCCGUCGACAGCACACCAAAUUCCACGAACUGGCCCGCAGAGCCAUACGUUGCGAAGAUGAACUCAUUCGAGAAACAUGGCUUCAACGAAGACGAUUUCGGGGCCAAGGGCAACGUCGUACAAGCAUUUGAUGCUUUCCCCAAAUCAAAACCCGAAUUCGUAACAAGGACCGAGGGUGGUGGAAAAUGGACGGUAGUGGUGUUCGUCGUAUCCUUCUUUCUUCUCUGGAGCGAGACAGCUCGCUGGUGGCGUGGCAGCGAAGAGCACACGUUUGCUGUUGAGAAGGGUGUCUCGCACACGAUGCAGAUUAACCUCGAUGCCGUGGUAAAGAUGCAGUGCGACGACCUUCAUAUCAAUGUCCAAGAUUCUUCUGGCGACCGUAUUCUCGCUGGCCAGACUCUGAAGCACGACCCCACGAUUUGGCAACAUUGGGCAGACGCUAAAGGUGUCCAUAAGCUCAACCACGAUAAGAACGGCCGAAUCGACACUGGAGCUGGUUGGCUCAAUGCCGAAGCCACCGAGGAAGGCUUUGGAGAGGAGCACGUUCACGACAUUGUUGCUCUUGGAAAGAAGCGCGCCAAAUGGAGCCGCACCCCUCGCCUCCGAGGCACACCAGACAGCUGCCGCAUCUACGGCAGCCUUGAUCUGAACAAGGUCCAGGGCGAUUUCCACAUUACCGCUCGUGGCCAUGGUUAUCUAGAAAUGAGCGGCGAGCAUCUCGACCACUCUCAGUUUAACUUUUCACACAUUGUUUCGGAGCUGUCCUUUGGCUCUUUCUACCCAUCGCUCAUCAACCCGCUCGAUCAGACAGUGAACUUGGCCGACGACAACUUCCACAGAUUCCAGUACUACUUGUCUGUUGUACCAACUGUGUACACUGUUGGUAGCAGCACCAUUAUGACCAACCAGUACGCGGUUACCGAGCAGAGCAAAGCUAUCAGCCCUCACACCGGUAUCCCCGGCAUUUUUGUCAAGUACGACAUUGAGCCGAUUUUGCUGCGCGUCCGCGAGAGUCGCGACACAUUUAUCGUCUUCCUGCUGAAGCUUAUCAACGUUGUCAGUGGUGUUCUCGUUGCCGGACACUGGGGAUUCACGCUAUUUGAAUGGUCUAAUGAGGUCAGAGGCAAGAAAUCACGAAGCCAUACUGGCAGUGAGGGAAUGCUUGGCACCAAGGGUGCCUACAUGGCGUAAAAUCGAAAAAAAAACACAAAGAAAAGUAGUAGUACAAAGUGCUUCUGUGAUUUACGAUUGCAUUUGAAGGCGUGUGGACAGGCAAAGGGGAUGUGGGCGAUGAUGAUGCCAGUGCAUUCAAAGUUUUUAGCAUCUGUUUAGGUACCUAGGAGUUUUGGGAUGAAAUUUACAUGACAUAUUUUUCUUGUUUACUACAUUUUGAUCCAUGUGUUUAGUGACGUUGAAACAUGGCGUUGUAUGAGGCUGGCGUUUGUAUGCACACGCAUGGACGGCGGACCAUGAACCACAACUGUAUACUGGCAUCAAACUUGAACGUAUUGUUUGCCUUAAACCCAAUCAUUCACACGUGUGAGAGCACAUUGCUACAUACUACGGAUAUAAAUCAUUUCCCUGGGUUCCCCAUAUUGUGUCUGUUCCAGGUUUCUAAACGAGGGCGGACAAACCUGGAAAACUGUGGAGAACAGCUGUCGUGCCCCUGAAUGGGAUCGGAGCCACUGAAC